AUGGUCGAUGAAAUACAAGGAUCAGUGGAUAUUGUUGUUCAGUUAUUUGACAUGCACGAUGAUGAUGGUUUUGAAGAGCAUGAUCAUCAAAACGAUAAAAAUCCGAGAAAACAAUGUAUUUCCCAUGAUGGGAAAAAAAGAAAAGAAAAGGAUAAAAGAAUUUCUAUCGUUCACGUACCUGAAUAUCGAUUACAUGCACGUCCACUGUAUCUUGUCCAACAGAAGGACAUACGACUUAUUCGAGAGGCAUUCAAACAACAGAAUCGUCUUCUUUUAAAAACUUACAAAUCUCAUGCAAUGUAUUCAUGUACUAGCGAUGAAUUCGAAACAAACAUCUCGAAAUUCUUCACAGAAACCAAUGCAUAUAGUUUGAUCGAAGAACUAAACGAGACAAAUCGUGCUUCUGUCGAAACACAUCUUGAUGGUCUGGUUAACAACGUCAAGACUGCACUUGAUCAUCUAUUGGAAGAACAAUGUAUAAAUUCGAUGCAGCAUCAAGACAUGCAAAUUCAUCGUUCAAAAGUUCGACUCGAUUACUUGUUCUUUUUGCCAGAUACUCGUAAAAACGACGUAUCUGUACAGCCUAUUGUGGUUUCAUCUGCAAGUCCAUUGAUUAACAUAUCUCGAUGGUUACAUCGUCUUUUACAACCUACGUAUGAUCAACUGGCAUCUAGUAUUAGUUUUGCUAAAGGUGCUGAUAUGAUUCUCAGUCUGGAAAAAUAUAAGAAGCAAGGUUUUUUACGAUCGAUGACAUUAUUUGCUACUUUACAUGUUCAACAUAUCUCGUCCAUGUUUGAUCAUGAAGAAGCUGUUCAAGCAUUGGAACAUUUUCUUACGAAUCAUGUAUCAUCAGGGAAUCUCCGAGGCGUAUCAAUUUCAACUAUUGUUCAAUUAGUUCGUUUACUUGUUGAUCAGCAAUGGUUCGUCUAUAAUAAUAAGAUUUACCGUCAAAUUCGUGGUAGUGUUUGUGGUUCACCAUUGAUGUCACUCUUAGUGAAUAUCAUUCUUUUCCAGUGGGAAAAAGAAUUUGUUUCUUCUUUAAAAGAACAACAAGAGAUUUAUGGACGGUACAUUCGAUCUCUUCCAUCUCGAUCAACAUAUCUAUGGAUUGCUAUUUUCUUUUUUGUUGCUAGAUUCCUUGAUGAAAUAUUUUUCACAUGGAAUCGAUCUGCUAAUGAACUUGAAACGUUUAUUCAUAGUAUCAAUAUGAAAAAUUCUUCGAUUCAAGUUCAGUACACGAUCGGAACAGAACUGGAUUAUCUCGAUGCUUCCAUCAGAUAUUUUUCUGAUGAAGACGAUCAAAGUGCAAAUGAAUUAACAACGUACGUAAAUCAUGAAUCGAAGAGUGAACCAUAUACAUUACCUUAUCUGUAUGGUUAUCCAUCUGAUCUGAUGCAUUCAAAAUUAAUUCGAGCAGCAUUGAUUCGUGCUGUACUUUGUUGUUCUGAUGUUUACGAAUUCCAACAAGAACGACAAUAUAUUGAAUUAUCAUUUUCACUCAACCGUUUUCCAGCUAGUUUUAUUCAUGAAUAUGUCGUUGCAUUCUUCUAUGAAUUUUACAUGGAAGAAUUAGAUCAUAUGAUGUUUGAUCGACAUAUCUUCGAUGAAUUGCGUGAGAAUGUUAUAGAAUAUGAACGAAAACGUGUGGAAAAGAAAUUGAAACAAAAACAAGAAGAACAUAAAUCUAACCUUGAAUAUGUUACCGGGAACAUUCCAAUGUUGCACGAUGUUCAAUAUUAUUGA